CUCUCUCUCUCUCUCUCGUCACACUGCGCGAGCGAACGAGUCGUUAGGGUUUCGCCGGCCGGAUCUGGUAAUCCCGUGCUCCUUGGUACUAUGGGGUUGUGCGAUCUCUUUCUCUUUCUUGUUGGAGUGCGCUUUCCGGGGUUUGAUCGCGUUGUGAUUGGGGAUCGGACCCGUUUUGGCUAAAGAUUCCAUCUCGGGCUGCGUUCUUGGCAGAAUCGGGCAAUGUGUUUCAGAUCUCUGGUUUUGCUUUAGUUUCCUUGGUAGAUAUUGGGGCAUUUCGGUUGGAACGUUUGCGGCUUGCGUAACUCGUGUGUUUUUAAGCUGGUUGAGCUUGUAUCGGUUCCUGGUGACAUAAAAAAAAAGGGGGUUUCUCGCUUAUGCCCAUUCCUCAGCUUGAUGCGGGACUAUAUUGCGGGUAGAUAAAUCUUGUUCGUGAAUUUGAUUUCUUUUAACUGUCUGUAUUUUGCUGCAAAUUUGUGUACUUAAGGAGAUCGGUAAACUUUGUUCUUCAAAGUUCGGAGCAGUGCUGCUUUUUUAGAUGUUGGGUUGAGUACAUUGCGUCUUAUAUGGUAUAAAGAUCGUAAAUUUAGUUUAAAGUCGGUUUAUUGAGAGCUUCUUUGAGAACUAUACGUGUUUUGAUACUUUGGUUGAGGAAAAGAAAUUUGCUUGCCCUUCAAACGGAUCAACUUAUUUACGUUUUGAGAUACUGCUGAUUUUAAACCUAUCAAUAUUUGGUUUCUCUGUUCCUUUUCUUUUGUGAUUUAAAAAAAAGUUUGUGGACGAGUUAAUGGUCAAUGUUCAUGAAAAAAAAUAAUUAUGUUGGAACUAGACUUUUGUUCUCUGGAACAUGACUGAUUUACUAGGCAUGAUAUAUAAUUCUGUUUGCUAAUUAUGUCUUUUAUUAGGUCUGAAGUUGCAUGCUCUACCUGUUCAGAUUGCUCUCCUAAAAUAGUUUCUGAUAUAAGGUUGUAGUUGGAAAUUUCAUUCAGCUUUGUCUAUGAUAACAGGUUUGAAUGACAAUAAAUAGUUUGCAGCGGCAGCCAUUUGAUAAUGCAAAAUUCAUAAUAUCAUUAUUGAGGUUUGUUCGUUAGUCAUUUCAGUCCAGUCACUAUAAAGUAAUUAGCUUUGGCAUGCUCUUCGUUUCUGUUUGGCAAAAUUUCUGCUUUAUGCCACCCACCUUUUCUCUUAGCACUUAUUUUGUUGUUGAUAAAUAUUGUAUGUAUUAGAGCUGUUACAUGGCUGGUAACUCUGUACAUAUGCAAUGCAACUUUUGUAGCCGACACCAUUAAAUUUAGUGUGGCCUAUUGUUGAGAGUGGGCAGGGGACUGCAUAUCUAGUUCCAAUGCACUUACUAGCUGAAUUUUAGUUUCUUUCAGAAUAUCAGGGAAUAACCAAGGGCCACUUGUUCUUUGAGUGACAAAAUAAUGGAGGGGGAGAUAGGUGUAGAUGCAUUGCUUGAUUAUGCAAUCUUCCAGAUGUCAUCAACUCAAAACAGCUUUGCAUUUGUGCUGCAGUUACGAGGCUCUCAUUUGUAAUGAUGGCAAAAUCAAAAAAUUAGCUUGUGGUCCUCUGGAUCAGCUCACAUUGCAUUUACCACAAGUGAAGGGAUUUCAGUCAAACUCAUCUGGCAAUAGCUUUAAAUUGGAUUUGAGUAAAAGCUUCAAAGGUUCAUCUUGGUUCACCAAGUUCACUUUAGCUAGGUUUUUGCAUAUUGUUAACUACCCUGAUGCAAUAAGAUCUGCCAAUGCAAUUUUAAAUGAGAUGUCCCAGUUGGAGGAUACCAGAAGAUUCCAUCUCACGCACUAUUCUAAGGAUCACCCAGGCCAUUCUGGAGGCAUUACGUCAGGUGGCCACUUGAAAAAUGUUGGAUCAACACAAAAUAUAAAAGUUGAGACAGGGUCAUCAGAUGUGACAAAGAAUGAAUUGUUGCGAGCAAUGGAAUUAAGACUUACUGUCCUAAAAGAAGAGUUAGCGGCUUCUUUCAACCGAGCUGCAGGCGCUACUUUAUCGGUCAAACAGAUAUCUGAUCUAGCAGCAUUUUCACAGCAUUUUGAAGUGAGAGAUUUGAGGGACCCUUUAUCAAAGUACUUAUCAUUGAUCCAAGAAGAUCAAGUGGUUGAAUUGUCGGUUGAAAAAAUGAUCUCGGAUGAUACAAGGAAAGACUCUGAGGUUGUUGCAGAAGAGAUACAUCCCUCAAGUCCAGAGUCUGGUAAAGCAAAACCUCUUCACGUGGGCAUCUCCCCAGCCAAAAUUGCACAAGCUGAGCGGCAGAGCUCGAUAGAAGGUGAUUCUUCUGAGUCUAGUGAUGAAGAUCAGACAAUUACUGAAAGAAGCCGACCUAUUAUGAGAUCUGUGACCCCUAGAAGGUCUGCUUCUCCCAUGCGACGAAUACAAAUAGGAAGGUCUGGGUCUCGCAGGUCUACCGCACUGACCAUUAAGAGUCUCAGUUACUAUCCUGCCAGGGAAAGGAUUACAUUAAACAGGGAUGUUGAUGAUAAUAACAGCGGAGAUGAAGAGGCACAUCAGCCAGUGAAGAAGCCUGAGAAUACAGUGAGAAGGAUGAGCGUCCAAGAGGCAAUUAGUCUCUUUGAAAGCAAACAGAAAGAUCAAAAUUUGGAUGUUCAGAAGAGGAGGGCUUCAGGAGAAGUCUCUCUGAGUACCAACAAAGUUGUGUUAAGGAGAUGGAGUUCUGGUAUGAGUGAUUCUCUGACUUGUUCUCAGGAAAAUGCUUCUGAGGAUGUGUCUCCGAAUAACCAUGCCGAUUUGGUUCCUGAGGCAGGAGACAAUAUAGCGACUGAUGUGAUGGUUGAGUCUAAUAUUUCUCCAGGCAAUUUAAAUGCAACUGCAUCUGAAACUGCUCAGAUCACUGAAUCAUCAGAGACGGAGAUAAUGAUAUCCCCUUCAAAGGAUAGUCCUGCUGAGUUAGUAACAUCCCAAGCUGAAGAAGUGGAUGAUAAAGCGACUAUGUCAGCUGAGUGGAGUAGGCAGAAAGAAGAGGAACUUAAUCAAAUGUUGAUGAAGAUGAUGGAGAGCAGGACUGGCAAAUACCGAGGCACUAAAUCUGGUUCUAGUGGAUCUCUGUCUACCUCAAAUGAGCAGAGAGGUGGUUUUUAUAGUCAGUAUAAGGAGAAAAGGGAUGAGAAACUUCGAGCAGGAAAUGUCAAGAAACAUUCGUCGAUGGAAGCACAACUUAAGGUGUUGCAGGAAACCCUGAAACCAAGCAAAGCAGAAGCUGCCUCAAAAUCUGGAGUUGCUAUCAAAAAGCUUGACUCACCCAGCAAUUCUCAGCGUCCCCGAAGAAAUUCGUCUCCACCGGUGUUACACAAGAAUGAAGUUUCAAAAACAGCAGCACCCAGAAAAGCUUCACCGAAAUCAUCACCAGUGCCAACUACACGUGGUUCAUGGUCAUCAGGACCAUUGCAAAAGGCAAGUGGAAACCAACCAGCUAAAAGUUCUCCCAGAGUGUCUUCUGCUAAUAACACAUUGAGCCGCCGGAAGUUCCAGUCUACUUCUCCAACUUCACCUAGCCCCAAAACCGAAAGGCCAUUGCGUCAACCUAAAGGUAAGCCAGAAGCCAAAACUGAUGCUAAGCCAACUAUAAAAAGCCAAGGAGAAAAGAAGCCGAAAACGACAACAAAUACCAACAAAUCUGUGAAAACCAAAGCUCAAUCAGCUUCUGGAGAUGAUUCAGGUUCAGCAACGGCAAAGCCAAGUUUUUACAAUAAAGUUACAAAGAAGAGUAGUGUUGUUCCUUUGGAGGCCAAACCCUUUUUGAAAAAAGGUACUGGGAUUGGGUCUGGUGUUGGUCCUGUGAUAAACAAGACUAGAGUUACUCAGUCUGACAAUUCAUCAAAGAAAAGUGACAGUACUAGUCAAGCUGAAGAAAAGGAGCCUGCUCCUGAGACAAUUGAAACUACUGCUAAGGUAUUGGAGGUUGAUCUUGCUCAACAAGCAAAUGAUGUUGAUGCAAAUUUAGUUACUUCACUAGAUAAUGAUUUAAAUCUUGAAAAAACAGAAAAUAUGGAUCAAAGUUUAGCGGAAGUUGAUGAUGGGCUCAAGAACUCUGUAGAACUUCCUGUUGCUGAGAUUCAACCUGAUGAGGAUAUAAGCAUAUCCUCAGCUGCAUGGGUGGAAGUAGAACAUCAGGAAGUUUCCGCUGCAUAUGAAACUGGCCUGUCCAAAGUCUCUGUCCCCACCGCACUUGAACCACCGCUCCUAUCAAGUCCACGUGUCCGACAUUCAUUAUCCCAAAUGCUUCAAGCAGACAACAAUGAACCAGAUAUCAUCGAGUGGGGAAAUGCCGAAAACCCUCCUGCACUGAUCUAUCACAAAGAUGCUCCCAAGGGAUUGAAGAGGCUUUUAAAGUUUGCUCGUAAGAGCAAGGGAGAGGCAAAUGUGACUGGCUGGGCUAGCCCAUCAGUCUUCUCAGAAGGAGAGGAUGACACAGAAGAUUCCAAAGCUGCUAAUAAGAACUUAGAUCAAUCGAGAAAAACUGCCCUUCAAGCCAGGAAAUCCAUGCUUGGUGAAGGUUUGCAUGAUGGAAGUUCGAGCAAGAGGACAAUGGAGUACCAUGGAGUUCACAAUGCCUUGGCAGGUUCUGAAAAUUUUCAAAAAGGUCAAGUUUCAUCAACAACCACCUCAACUAAAGCAGCUAGGUCAUUCUUCUCUCUCUCAACAUUUAGGAGCAGCAAAUCGAAUGAGACGAAACCUCGAUAGUCUGCGGAGCCACAAGUCAUAGUGCAGAUAUGUUCCUUCAACUAGCUCCUGUAGGUGUCUUACCUUGGCCAGGUAUAGAGAAGCCAGCACUGGUUCGAGGAAAUGUAUGCUCCCCCACUUCUUUGAUAAUGGGAGAGCCAUUGUGUGUUUUUGUUUGUUCUUUUUGUUGUCUAUGUAAUAUCAUGAUCGCAAGAACAAUUUUAUCACAGUAUAAACUUGAUUUCAUGUGA